AGAACGUCGAACAUGAUGUGAACGCAACCAGCCUCACCGCGUUCACUUCAAAUCGAACACGUUUUAGCGUUAUUACCGUUAUUAGCGUUAUUAACGCUAUUAACGCUGUCAGGCGUCCAAAGGUGCGUUCCACUUAUCGCCCGUAACGCCCAGACGACGGCUACUGGGAUAGGAUAUUGGGGCAUUUUGGGCGUUUUGGGCGAUAAGUGGAACACACCUCAAGUAGAAUGUACCCACACGGUCAAUAGUAUUGCGCAAUAUAGGUGAUUCCACAAUUUUAUUGACCGUGUGUAGCGGGCCUAACGACACGUUUCAUCAUUCGUCGCACUUCCAUGUAUUUAAAAAAUUUACGAACAAAAAAUGAAUCCGAAUCCUCAACAAUGUGUUAUGCUGUCGAGUAAUUAUAGUAUGCCAUUCAUUGGAAUUGGGACAUAUAAAAUUGUCGGGAGAGAAACAAUUCUCAACGUUCUUGAUGAAGCAUUGAAAGUUGGAUAUCGAUCUAUCGAUACAGCAGCAGUUUACAGAAACGAGGAAGAUAUUGGCAGAGCCUUGCAGUCAUUGUUGCCAAAGUACAAUCUUACCAGAGAAAAUAUUUUCAUAACAACAAAACUCUCUCCUAUCGAUCACGGUGAUUCCAGAAGAAUUGAAAAAGCAGUCCACAAUGCGUUGACCUCUCUAAAAGUUUCUUACAUCGAUCUGUUCCUAAUUCAUUGGCCCGGAAAGUCAGGAAUUUCUGAGAGUUCCAGCGCCAACAGAGAAUUCCGAAGCGAGACAUGGAAAACGUUGGUGAAAUUGAAAUCUCAAGGCCUGCUAAGAUCCAUUGGUGUCUCGAAUUAUAAUAUUAAGCAUCUUGGACAGCUUUUGGAAAAUUGUUAUGGUAUUAGACCGGCUGUGAAUCAAGUUGAAUGUCAUCCCCAUUACAAGCAAACCGAGCUCAUAAAAUUUUGCGAAGAAGAAGGAAUUCAUGUCCAAGCAUAUUCCUCUCUGGGUACCAGCAAUUACAAGUCCUUGCUUAAGGAUCCUAUAGUCUGUCGAGUUGCAAAUGAAUUGGCUGUUUCACCUGCCAGAGUACUAUUGAAGUGGGCUUUACAGCAAAACAUAGGAAUCAUCCCAAAAGCUGUGCAGAAAGUUCAUAUUCGGGAUAACUUUCAGUUACAGUUCAAAAUUCACGAUGACCAGAUGAUUGCACUUUCAUCUUUAACACAAACCAAAUACGCAUGGGAUCCUGACAACGUUGCUUGAAAAUACUAGUACAUCCAGACUCCUUGCGGGGAUUGCUCAAUAAUACCAAUGAAUAUAACUGAGACUAGCCAUCAAAA